GUUUGGUGAUGGCACGUUUACACGGGAGCCAAAUGCAAUCUGGAUCAAACUCGGUUUUAGAUUUGCGGUUACAUUUUUCCUGGGGUUUGUUGGCCAAACAAGGCGAGUGUCCUCCUGGGGUGAUGGAGAGGAAGGUGGAGUUGGAGAAAGAGAGGGAGGAGAGGAGGACAAGUGUCUUUUUCUCUGCUUCUGUCCCGAACACACUCCGCCUGCACCACCUCCUCAUCCCGCCUGCACCACCUCCUUAUCCCCUCGCACUUGUCCACACACUCCGCCUGCACCACCUCCUCAUCCCGCCUGCACCACCUCCUCAUCCCGCCUGCACCACCUCCUUAUCCCCUCGCACUUGUCCACACACUCCGCCUGCACCACCUCCUCCAUCCCCUCGCACUUCUCCACAAGCUCCCUUGUCCAUCUGCACCUCUCUGCCGGGAAGCAGGCGCUCGCAGGCGGCUGAGGAGCAUGGAGAGCGCAGGCAGCGGCUCGGAUGGAGGAGAUCGCAGUUCGAUCGCCGCCUUGAUGAACGCCAGCGGCGUGGCCGCGCUGUGUGGCAACAUGAGCGCGCUGGCCAACGCCACGGAGGCGCGCUGCGAGGGCGAGCGAGUGCGGAGCGGCCGCCCGGACGACGCGGACUCCAACCCGGUGAUGAUCGCCAUCGUCAUCACGGCGCUGUACUCCAUCGUGUGCGUGGUGGGGCUGGUGGGCAACGUGCUCGUCAUGUACAUCAUCGUCAGGUACACCAAGAUGAAGACGGCCACCAACAUCUACAUCUUCAACCUGGCGCUGGCCGACGCCCUGGUCACCAGCACGCUGCCCUUCCAGAGCGUCAACUACCUGAUGGGCACCUGGCCCUUUGGGGACAUCCUGUGCAAGAUGGUGAUGUCCAUCGACUACUACAACAUGUUCAUCUCCAUCUUCACGCUCACCACCAUGAGCAUCGACCGCUACGUGGCCGUCUGCCAUCCCGUCAAGGCUCUGGACUUCAGGACGCCGCGCAACGCCAAGAUCGUCAACGUCUGCAACUGGAUCCUGUCGUCCGCCAUCGGCCUGCCCGUCAUCUUCUUGGCCUCCACCCAUGUCACGCCCUCCAGCAUCGUGGACUGCAAGCUGCUGUUUCCACCGCCGUCCUGGUACUGGGACACCAUGCUGAAGAUCUGCGUCUUCAUCUUCGCCUUCAUCAUGCCCGUCCUCAUCAUCACCGUCUGCUACGGCCUCAUGAUCCUGCGCCUCAAGAGCGUGCGCAUGCUCUCCGGCUCGCAGGAGAAGGACAGGAACCUGCGGCGCAUCACCCGCAUGGUGCUGGUGGUGGUGGCCGUCUUCAUCGUGUGCUGGACGCCCAUCCACAUCUUCGUCAUCAUCACCGCCCUCAUCAACAUCCCCAGCUCCACCCUGCAGACCAUCACCUGGCACUUCUGCAUCGCCCUGGGCUACACCAACAGCCUCAACCCUGUCCUCUACGGCUACUUGGACGAGAACUUCAAGCGCUGCUUCCGAGAGUUCUGCUCAUCCAGCCCGUCACUGAUGGACUUACACAUACACACCUCCUCACGGGGCGGAGCUGCGGGACGCCAGGUGCCACAACGCCAGCGUAAUAACAGCACACUGACGGGAGACAGGUCCAAUCAACAGGUAUGACUAGCCGUGGCGGAAACGUCGGUGGACUCUGGGCGUGGUGGCGGCGGCGAUGGUGGCGGCGGCGGCAAGGAGGACGUCAGCUGUGAACUGACACAAGUCACCACGGGGCUCUGACAUGUUGGCCGCCAUCCCUGGCCAAGAGGGCGCCGCAGGUAAAGUCGAUGUUUCCUGUUCGUUGGAGCGUGAGGUCACAUGACUUUGUGACCUCACAGACCCUAGCUCCUCCCCUAAGAGGCAGACACUUGAUUAAGUACACCUGCGCCACCCAAUGGGAGAGUAAGAAAAGCCUGCAGUUCCAUGCCAGGCCUGUGGUGGCAGCACAGCACCACCUGCUGCUUCUUGCCUCCACAUGAGUCCAGCAGGGUCCAGACCAUGGAACAACCUUCCACGCUCCAACAGGUCCUGCCAGUCUCUGAGGACAUUUCAAUCUAGUCUUUGUACUCAAGUCCACUUAGGCAGGACAGCUUCUUGCUUUUUAUCCUUUUUUUUAUUACUUGUUAUUGUUAUUUUAGCUGAUAUGUUAUAUAUGGGAAAGAAAACAAAUGGAAAAACACUAGCUGUUAAAUAACUGUUAAAUAUGUGUAAAUACUGUAUAUCCUUCACACCUCGUAUGUGUACAUACUGUAUAUCCUUCACACCUCGUAUGUGUAUAUACUGUAUAUCCUUCACACCUCGUAUGUGUACAUACUGUAUAUCCUUCACACCUCGUAUGUGUAUAUACUGUAUAUCCUUCACACCUCGUAUGUGUAUAUACUGUAUAUCCUUCACACCUCGUAUGUGUAUAUACUGUAUAUCCUUCACACCUCGUAUGUGUAAAUACUGUAUAUCCUUCACACCUCGUAUGUGUAAAUAC